AUGUCCAGCACUACGGCCAGCACGACAAACGACUCUAGCGCUUCUCCCAAUAUAGUCGACAAGACCCUGUACAAACUAACCUUCUACUCGCCGGUGGAAAACACGCAGGCGUGCCUGUCGGCGCUCUGGGCGACGGGGGCGGGGACGUGGCCCAAUGUGCCGGGCGACGCAGCAGGAGGGCCACCGAAGUACACCGACACGGCCUUCGUCAGUCGGGGCACGGGCCAGUUUAAGCCCUCGGCCGCGGCGAACCCGCACAUCGGCCGGGCCGGGGAGGUCGAGUUCGUCGAGGAGGACAAGGUCGAGAUGGUGAUCGUCGGCACGCAGCGGUGCAAGGACGCCGUGCGCGAGCUGAGACGCGCCCACCCUUACGAGGUCGUUGCGCUGUUCGUGACUAGGUGCGAGGAUUUUUGA